AUGUCUGGUCUAUUCGAGCUCCCGAUGGAACUGGUGAACGAAAUAUGCAGCCACCUAUCACCUCAAAGCCUGAAUAUAUUUAUCAAUUCAAGUACAGUCAUCGAGAAGCUCUCCCCAUCGGUCCUCGACGAGUUACUCCCUACCCAAAAACUAUGGAUCUUCAAAUGCGCCGCUAACUCCCCGGACCAGGACCCGUUGAUGCAGUCUCUGCUCCCAGAUCUCCUCAAGCAUAGCAAAGCUGACCCCCUCCUCGGAGUCCAGGCCCUACUAUGCGCCUGCGCCAACGGCCACGUCCAAUCCGUCUCUACCCUCCUCGACGGCGGCAUCGACCCAAAUGGCGCGGUGGCAGGGGUAUCCGCACUCAUGGAGGCAGUAGGCGGGCAAGACUACAGGUCCUCAGCAUUGGUAACCGGUCGUCUGUUAGCCCGCGGCGCCGAUAUCCACGCCCAGGAUUCAAAGGGGCUAACUGCGCUCCAUUAUGCAGCCAAGGCUGGGAACACGCGGAUCAUUACCCUGCUGCUGAUGGCUGGAUGUGAUGUCAACGGCACGGAUGCUGAGAUGAGUGGGACUUCCCCCAUUAUACUGGCGAGUCAGAAGGGGCAGUAUGCUGCUGUUGAGAGUCUGAUUGACCAUGGGGCAGAUGUGAAUGCCCGUGAUAAAUUGCGGCGCACGCCGCUUAUCCAUGCUGCUAAUGAGGGCAUGACGGCUGUUGUGAGGUUGCUGAUUAGUCGUGGGGUGGAUUUGGAUUGUGGUAGUAUCUUUGGGAAGGCUGCGUUGUCUUAUGCCAGUGAGAAAGGGUCGAUUGAGAUUGUGAAGCUGCUUGUUGAUGCUGGUUGCGAUGUGUCUCAUCAGGAUAUGCGUGGCAAUACGGCGCUGCAUCUGUGUAGCCAGCCUUCUUUUCCAUUUACGGCUAUCGCUGAUAUCAUUCGUGCAGCUGCCCAUGAAGAUGUCUAG